UCGGGAAUAAAGUCUACUGUUUUCGCAACAAAACCGAUUUUCAAGGGGCGACCAUAAUAACACAGGCCGAGAGUGGACCAAUCUAGUCCAUAGAGACAAUGCCGCGACGAGGAGCCGCCACCAAGGCGACGAAGACAUCGAUGGACUCAGAGGAAGAUGUUCCUUUGGCGCCCAAGCGAAGCAAUCCUCAGAAACCAGGUUCACUAUCUUUGGAAUCGGAAGCCUCAGCGGCGUCGGAGGCAAAGGUAUCAGUGGAAGAACGCUUUGAAAAUGAGAGCUACAACAUGAAAGUCAAGCACUGGAAAGACUCGCCAUUUGCUGUGGGAUUAACAGAAGUUACUUGGGCUGACGAAAAGCUGCGCAAUGGCAACUCCAACUCGGACGAUCAAAGCCUCGACAGUGCCAACUGCCUCUGCUUUUCUUCCGCCGUUUGCCCCCAUGUACCAGGUGUCGUGCGAGUGGGAAACAUGUCUGUGUUGAAACAAUCUACCUACUCGAUCGAUGCAGAAGAAGAAGACGAAGAGACGGGUGAGAUCAGAGUUGUCAGAGUCAUCAGACCGAAAUUAGAUAUUGUGGUGGGGCCAUAUUGGCCCAUGCUCUGCCUUGUGACAUACCCGCUGAUUCUUGGAAUAUCAGGAUGGUCAUUGCUCAGGGCGGUACCAGGAAAACCAUUCUACCUUCAAUUGGCUUGGUUGACUGGUACGAUUGGGCUUAUUGUGUCCCUCGCAUUGACUGCCUGCCGAGACCCAGGAAUCAUGUACAGGCGACAUGCCCCGCCCAAGCGAACACAAACAUGGCGCUGGUCAGAUCAAGCGCAAACAUACCGACCCCGUGGAGCAAUCUACGAUCCCGAUACGGCAGUGGUGGUCGAAGGCUUCGACCAUACUUGCCCAUGGACAGGCACUGCAAUUGGUCGCAAAAAUAUGCUUUCGUUCCAGUUCUUUGUAUGCCUUGUCUUUGUUAUGAUGGUAUUCAACAUUCUCCUCCUGACCAAGUCCUUGGGCAAAUAAUGAAAGGCUGCCGUCGAGGCUGUUGAACAGAAAAAGUAACUAAACCGGUGUACGUAGUACGGUAGGAGUGAAGUCGAUCACUGCAGGCUUGUAUAUACAUGUAUUGACUUUAGCUAGCUAGCAGGUGGAUUUGAGAGGGUUCCUAUUACACUUUUACUCCAGCUCUAGCCAGAUCAGUUUGUAGUACUGGUAGAUUCGAUAGACCCUACAUACCGUACAUGACGGACACCGCCCUUUCCAAUGGCGAUCAGGUGAUGGAUGGUAUUUUUGAAAACGUAAACCUUGUUGCUCUCAUUCAUCGUACCGUGUCUCUUCUCACAUCCUGUAGUGCUUAUGGUAGACUAUGCACGACGAAGAAGGAACAGAAGGUCGCCGACUUCUUCACGAAGUCCAACGACAAUAGGACGAGUAGAGCGGCUGUGGCGAAGUUCCGAAACAAAACCUCCCACAGCAAAGUACUCCUCCUCCUCUUCCAAGAAGAACAAGGCUUCUAACAUGGAGGCUCGAUCUGUGGGUUCUAUACAUCAUUCUUCUUGUUUCUUAUCUUUUCAACUGAAGCAGGUUGAUUAUUGAAUGUCUUCAGUUGAAGAUGCACCGCUCCUAUCAGGAUUGGAAGCAUGCUGACAUCCUUGAUUGUUGAACAACUCAUUGCCCCUCACAAUCUCACACACCCUCAGACAUCUUCCUGGCUGUUUGACCUGUUGCUUUGUCAUGGAUCGAUUCGGCCUCCAUCGGAGUAUGCUCUCCCGUUGCGAUUCAAAUUGAUCCUUGGGUUGUGGCUUCGUAGUUAUGUCUGCAAGCUGGUGCCAGCUCUUGUAGUGUGAUCUUCUUGGCCCUUAUAACAUAAUUCCAGAAGCGAUGCAGCUUUGACAUAGAUAUGCUUCGUUCUGGGAGAAUCUUCGGUAACUCCGCCAUCUCGACUGCACGCUGCGCCGCUGUUGUGUUCGCAGACGUUACAGUGCACAAGUUGUGGCUUUACAUGCAUUCUCCACUGUAGAUAUGACCUUUGCUCAUCUAUCAACGACGUCGUUUAAUAUGCAUCGUCAUCGACUGGCUCCGACUCCUCGUUGACAGCAAGAAGACCAUUGUAACCUGGCGUUCAAUCGUAAGAACUGUAUACCGGUAUUGUGGUGGAGCACCAAAACCAGUGGGAAAGUGCAACGAACACCUAGAUUGGUGGCAAGAUGGAAACGACUUGUCGGAAACUAGUGUGUUGCCGAGAUCUGAGGUGUG